AGGGUGUGUUAGUUGCAAAGAAAGAUUUUAAUGCCGCUAAACAUUCUGAUAUCGAAGUCCCAAAUCUUCACGUGAUAAAAGCUUGCCAAAGUCUUAAAUCUAAAGGUUAUGUGAAUAUACAGUUUUCGUGGCAAUACUACUAUUAUUCCUUAACUAACGAAGGAAUCGAGUAUCUUCGAGAAUAUUUGCAUCUGCCUCAAGAAAUCGUUCCUGCUACUUUCAAGAAACAGGCUAGACAAGCUGGCAGGACCCGUGCGGAAGAGGGAAGGGAAGGCGCAUAUCGACCUCCACAACGUGGAGACCGAGAUUAUCGUCGCCGUGAGGACGAAGGAAAAAAGGAAGGAGCAUCUAGUGACUUUAAACCUGAAUUCAGAGGUGGUCGUGGUCGGGGUGGUCAAACGGAAGAGUAA